AUGAAGGAAACCUUCGCCAACCUGUGCGAGUACCAAGUCAAGCUCAACCCGGAGAAGUCCGUUUUCGGCGUCCCGGCUGGAAAGCUACUGGGCUUCCUCGUCUCGGAGCGCGGCAUUGAGGCGAAACCCGAGAAGAACAAGCUGAUGAAGAAGAGGACGCUGUUUGAAUGGAAUGACCAGGCGGACGAGGCUUUCCAGGACCGCAAGCGCAUGCUCUCCACCGCACCUUUCCUGGCCGCACCAGCCAAGAAGGAGCCGCUGUUGCUCUACAUCGCCGCAACCUCGCGGUCGCUCAGCACGGUGAUGGUGGUCGAGCGACCAGAGAAGGGCAAGAUCCAAGCCGUCCAGCGCCUGGUCUACUACCUGAGUGAGGUGCUCUCCGCCUCCAAGCAGAACUACCCGCACCACCAGAAGAUGUGUUACAGCAUGUACUUCACUGCCAAGAAAUUGAAGCAGUACUUCCAAGAGCACGUUGUUACCGUGGUCAGCACGCCCCCCCUCGGCGAGAUCAUCGGUUGCCGGGACGCCUCUGGCCAAGUCGCCAAGUGGGCGCUCGAGCUAGCCGGCCACACCAUCCUCUACGAGCCUCGCACUACGAUCAAGUCCCAAGCUCUGGAUGACUUCCUCGUCGACUGGACCGAGACCCAGUACCUACCGCCGCCGGACUCGAUGCACUGGUGCAUGCACUUCGACGGCUCCAAGAUGCGUCUCGGCCUGGGGGCCGGCAUCGUGCUGUCCUCCCCGAAGGGCGACCGGCUUCGGUACGCGCACCAGAUCCACUUCACCGCCACCAAUAACGUUGGCGAGUAUGAAGCCCUUGUGCAUGGCCUUCGGCUGGCCAAGGAACUCGGCAUCCGGCGCAUCCUGUGCUACGGCGACUUGGAUUUGGUGGUGCAGCAGUGCUCCGGCGAGUGGGACGCCCGAGACCCCAACAUGGCGAGCUACCGCUUCCUCGUUCAGAAGCUGUCCAUUUUCUUCGUGGGCUGCGAGUUCCUCCAUGUCCCUCGUGCGAAAAACGAGGUUGCCGACACGCUCGCCAAGAUCGCCUCAUCACGGCAGUCCAUUUCGUCUGGUGUCUCCCUCGAGCACCUACACAAGCCGUCCGUCAAGCCGUCUCCGGACUCCGAGUCCAUCUAUGUUCCGGACAACCCGACCGCACCUCAACCCGGCCCGGGGACUGCCGAACCCGGCCCGGGGGCUGCGGCCGCCGACCUGGCCGCCGUCGUCCUCGACCCAGCCGCCGACCUGGCCGCCGUCGUCCUCGACCCAGCCGCCGCCGUCCCUAACCCGGGGGCUGCCGACCCUGGCUCGGGGACUGCCGCCCCGGAACCCGCCCUGGUGGCCGUCUUCGCCAUGGUGACGGCCCCAUCAUGGGCCCUGCCCAUCUUGGAGUUCCUGGAAAACGGGGUCCUCCCCAUGGACGAGAACGAGGCCUGGCAAGUGCAGCGCCGGGCGUCCGUCUACAACAUCAUCAACCACGAGCUCGUCAAGCGCAGCUGCACUGGCGUGUUCCAGCGCGGCGUCGAGCAGGACCAGGGCAUUGAGAUCCUCCUCGACAUACACCAGGGCGAGUGCGGGCACCAUGCCGCCUCACGGUCCCUGGUGUCCAAGGCUUUCUGCCAUGGUUUCUACUGGCCCACGGCCCUCCAAGACGCCGAGUCGCUCAUCCUCAAAUGCGAGGGAUGCCAGCGCUUCAGCAAGCGCAGCCACCAGCCGGCCUCAACACUCCAGACCAUCCCAAUCUCCUGGCCUUUCGCGGUCUGGGGACUCGACAUGGUGGGACCCUUCAAGACCGCUCAAGGCGGCAUGACGCAUUUGCUGGUGGCGGUGAACAAGUUCACCAAAUGGAUCGAAGCACGGCCCAUCAAGAAUCUAGACGGGCCGACGACCGUCCGAUUCGUCAAAGACAUCGCGGUACGUUAUGGCAUGCCGAAAAGCAUCAUCACGGACAACGGCACCAACUAG